AGUGGGUUUUCCGUAAUGUUCGUAGAGCCGUGUGGGAGGGAAAGCGAGAUCCGCUUCAGGACAUUUUAAGACAUGACUCCCCCCGGAGGAAAGUGGCUUGCGCCAGUGCGUCGGCGCGGCGGGGGCGGAGGCGGGGCUGUGACGUGCUUCUGGGCGGGGCCGGGCUGUCCUAAGUGAGCUCUGGCAGGGUAGUUCUUUCGGGGAGAAGGACGUCCCGGGAAUAAACUUCUUUUACCUCCGUUUUUCUCUCCUUCUUUCCUCCCAUAAUUGCUUCGACACGAAUCGAAACGUGCUGAAGCCCAGCCGUGCGUCGUCAGCCUUCUCCCCGGCCAUGGAGAAGCCGGGGCGGAAUCCCUCCGGGAGGACGCCGCUCCACCUAGUGGCCGCGUCCUUGUCGCGCGGGGGUGGCCAGACUUGAGGGUAGGAGUGUCCGCUUUAGAGAUCGCAAAGCGUGGCGGUCCCAUGGCCCCGCUGGGAGGCACCCCGCGGCUGGUGCUGCUGUUCAGCGGGAAGAGGAAAUCCGGAAAGGACUUUGUGACCGAGACGCUGCAGAGCAGGCUCGGAGCUGACGACUGUGCCAUCCUCCGGCUCUCUGGCCCUCUCAAGGAGCAGUAUGCUCAGGAGCACGCCUUGAGCUUCCAGAGACUCCUGGACGCCAGCACCUACAAGGAGGCCUACCGCAAGGACAUGAUCCGCUGGGGGGAGGACAAGCGCCGGGCCGACCCAGGCUUCUUCUGCAGGAAGGUCGUGGAGGGCGUCUCCCAGCCAGUCUGGCUGGUGAGUGACACCCGGCGGAUGUCGGACAUCCAGUGGUUUCAGGAGGCCUACAGGGCCGUGGUGCAGACGGUUCGCGUGGUGGCCUCGGAGCAGAGCCGACAGCAGCGGGGCUGGGUGUUCACUCCAGGGGUGGACGAUGCCGAGUCAGAAUGCGGCCUGGACGACUUUGGGGACUUUGACUGGGUCAUCGAGAACCAUGGAGAUGAGCAGCGCCUGGAGCAGCAGUUGGAGAACCUGCUAGAAUUUAUCCGCUCCAGACUUUAGUCCUCCGGUUCCAGCAGUGGGCUGAGGCCUGGGGCUGGGGCUAUGGAAUUGGGGACCCUGAUCCUGGGUGAGGUGCAGACUGGAACCUCGUUUUCUCUAGAGGAGGAGACCCGAAGGGCCAGGGAGCGUGGACUGACUGCUUGCCCAGAAGCACCCCAGCUCCACGGCGCCGGACACAUCGUCUUGCCCUGGCUGGGUGCUCAGCCCUGCCCUGGGCAAGCCCGGGGCUCUGUGUGAGUGCUAAUAAACCUCCUUGGAGCUGAG